AUGUAUUGUAAAGUAUAGAGAGAAGAAGGUACAGUGUGAUGAAAAGUUGUACCAGGCAGAGGCAGUGAUGGCAGCCGCACGCAAUUCCCGAGAGAGAUGGAUCCUUUUUAAUGGAGCCCACUGCCGCUCGCCAUUAAAUGCCUCGAGGCUCGACCGUCCAAAGCUUUACACUAAACAACAAAACUACACGUAUUUUUUUAACAUGGUCUCUUUAUUUUUGCCAUCUUUUUUGACACAGAAACUUAUUCAAAUUUCCCAUGUUAUUUCUCACUCUUCCUCAGUCACCCUCAUGGAAAUAGUAAAAACUGGAAAAGAAAAUGGGUAGUUGAAAUGAAAGUAACUUCUUUGUUUCCAUUUUAAUUGUAAUUUAAGUUUUUAGUACAUAGUUUUAAUUUUCAUGGUAUUAAGCUAAGUAGCUAGCUACCACUAUUAUCUAUAGGUUGUUAGAGGGACCUUCCAAAGCAAAUCUUGGCAAAGGAUCUCAUAAAUCAAACAAAACACAACAGGACAACACGACCCGCUCAAGUCCAAGUUUAAAGGUCAAACCUUUUUGUCUCAGGGCUUUAUUUCCUGGUUUUUGAUUGAAAGAGUUUUGCUUUGCUUUGGUGAAAAUGUUUAGCUUUUCUCGUAGACGCAUGAAGCUUGGCAGAGUGAAGAAAGUACAGCUUUCAGAGUCCGCCAAUGGAAUUAAAAGUCCUAUGAGACCGCCCAAACAAAGCAACAAUCCAAAUGUUGAGUCUGCUAUGCUUGCUGUUAAUCAUUCUGAUGAACUUGAAUCCCACUGUCCUCCUGCCCCUGUGAUUAAUUCAUCAGGGAACUCCGAGAAUUGGAUGGUAUUGUCAGUUGCUGGAGAAACGCCUGAGCCACGCUUUAAUCAUGCUGCCACCGUUGUCGGGAACAAGAUGAUAGUGGUUGGUGGUGAAUCCGCAAACGGAUUGUUAGAUGAUGUGCAGGUUCUUAAUUUCGACACUUUUUCUUGGACCAUGGCAUCAUCGAAGCUUUACUUGUCGCCAAGCAAUCUUCCACUUAAGAUUCCUUCAUGCAAGGGCCAUAGUCUGGUUUCAUGGGGGAAAAAGGCCCUCCUGGUUGGAGGCCGAACUGACCCUGCAAAUGACAAAGUUUCAGUGUGGUCAUUUGAUACAGAGACAGAAUGCUGGUCAGUUAUGGAAGCAAAAGGAGAAAUACCGGUUGCUCGAAGUGGUCACACUGUGGUCCGAGCGAGCUCUGUUUUAAUCCUUUUUGGUGGUGAAGAUGCUAAAAAGAAGAAACUGAAUGACUUACACAUGUUUGAUUUGAAGUCCUUGACGUGGCUCACUCUUCAGUGCACGGGAACAAGACCAUCACCAAGAUCCAAUCACAUAGCAACUCUUUAUGAUGAUAAAACUCUCUUUGUCUUUGGUGGAGCAUCAAAAUCUCGAACAUUGAAUGACUUGUACUCACUUGACUUUGAAACGAUGAUAUGGUCGAGAAUAAAGAUACGUGGUUUUCAUCCAUCUCCAAGAGCUGGUUGCUGUGGAAUUCUUUGUGGAACAAAAUGGUACAUAGCAGGGGGUGGAAGUAGGAAAAAAAGACACGCAGAGACUUUCAUCUAUGACAUUCUCAAGUCUGAGUGGUCCGUGGCCAUUACGCCUCUUCCAUCCUCCAUAACCACUAACAAGGGAUUUAGCCUAGUACUCGUGCAGCACAAGGAUAAGGAUUUUCUUGUUGCAUUCGGCGGAUGCAAAAAGGAGCCAUCAAAUCAGGUUGAAGUAUUGAUCAUUGAGAAGAACGAAUCAUCCAUGGGGCGUCGAUCUACUCUCAGUAAAUCUGUGGGACAAAUGCAGUUUGCGAAACGUUCAUCAUCUGCGGGGCCGGCUAGCCAAACAAUUAAUGGUUCUUCCCAAAGUUCUGUUGCUUCUGCUGCAAAACAAAAUUUAGCCUCUGUAAUCGAACACGGUUCAGGUAGGAAAUCGUUGUCAGAAUUGACUUUUAUGGAUCAAAAUCAUCCUUCUGAAAAUGUCUCGCUACGAAAGCAAUUUCGUAUUGAGGAAGAACACAACACAACUGUUAGAAUAACAAAGAAUUCAGACGAUUCGAGUUCUAUUCUGCAGGCAACAGAAGAGAAAACGAAUCAGUCUGAAACCGGAGUUAGGAUUAGUGCUCCUGGCACGAAAAUCAGUUCAGAGUUUGGAACUGAAUGUUUAAAUCCGCUGGUUGAAGGGAUCGCAAAUGAUCCCAUAGGUAACGAUAAUUUUGUGUUUCCAGAAGCAGAUGAUAGAUCAGGAGCCCUGUCGGCUCCUACAAGCAUAUAUCAAUUUUACGACACAAGAAUGGCUUCCCUAAGUAGAAAAAACGGAAUUUUAGAAGUACAAUUGGCAACCGCAUUUGCAAGCCGAGACACAGCAGAGAGAACUUUAGCUUCAGCUCUCAAGAGCAAAGAGGAAAUGGAGAAAAAAUUUGCCGACGCGAUGAAGGAGAUGGAACUGCUAAAAGAGAAACUAGCAGGUAUAGAACUUGCACAUGAAGAAGCCAACAACUUAUCUAACAUAGUCCACUCGGACAAUGUAAGACUUGAACACGAUGUGGCUUUCCUUAAGGCUGUUCUUGACGAUACUCAAAAGGAGCUUCACUCAACGAGAGGAGUCCUUGCAGGAGAGAGGGCCAGAGCAUUCCAGUUACAGGUUGAAGUUUUCCAUCUCAAACAAAGGUUGCAAUCAAUGGAGAACCGAGCACCCACUCCAAGGAAACCAUUCAAUGUAUAGUAUCUCAGAUCAGAUCUUACCCAUUAUGGUCAUUCAUGUAUCUAUUUGCCAUACGCGAUCCCUGGUACACGAAAAACUGUUGAACCUGGCCAGCGUUGAGCCUUUGUCUGCAGAACUAAGCAUGAGAUUUGUAUUCGGUAGUCUACCUCAUUUCCAUGUAAAUAUAAACAAUUCAGUCGCAUGUUUCCUCGGAUGUGAUCUCCUGUUUCUAGUUCAAAGACAACGGGCCAACGUACAGCAAGGUUGCAGUAAGAGUUGGAACGUUGGUGCUGCUGAGGAGUUUUAGCCUGUUUCUUUGUCUCUCAAUUCAAUGCAAAACUUGUGUUCAAUUGCCUUGAAACUUAUUCUGUAUAUUUAUUGCAAGAUCUCAUUUUGUACGUCUUAUUCUUGCCAAUGUGCAAAGAAUUCGAAUCCAUCAUUUUCAUUCAGUUUUA